CGGUUAAUAACCGACUCCAAAUCACUAUUAGCUACUUUGGUCAAGGUGGUGACGAUAUCAUUAGAAAAUUACGAUGAAUGAUACUUUCAUAACCAUGUGGUAAACGAUUUUAUUGGAUAUCGAACAAAACAUCCAUUCAACCAUGCUUUAUCCUCAAGUUCAAAUUAAGCAACUGAAGGUCCUCCCCAGGGGGGGGAUGUCACUCCCCGAGCCGAGCGCUGACCGUCAAAAGUUCCUUCCAUUAGUGCGAGCCAAUUUCGUUGCAGCUGUCGAACGGUGCGGCCGGCAUAAAGUUUCGCGGUCUGGACGCGGUUGUCUCGACAAACGUCUCCCCACAGCUCCCUCCUUCUCCCAGUCUGGCAAGUUUGGUGUCGAAAGUUUCCAACUUUUCAAUUACCGUAGUGUAAUCCGGAAGGAAGCCCGGAAGUUGAAGGUGUGAAAAAGGACCCGGCCUCUAGUGCUUGAGUGAACCAUGAAGUCCAUCAAGUCGUUUUACUAUUUCUCCAAGUUGCUCGGACUGUGCCCGUUUGCGCUAGACGGGACCGUGGUCAUGGGCAAUGCCCGGUUCAACUACGUCAAGCAGCUGCUGCCGACGUACCUGGCGCUGCUGUUCUACACCGUGUGCCUGGUCAGUAUCUUCUGGCAGAGCGGCAACACCUCGGAUAUCUCGAACGCCGCAAACUGGAUUCAGUUCAUCCCGAACUCGUUCGCGUACAUCUUCGCGCUGAUCUUCGCGAUCCGCCACCGGGCCGUUUCGAGCGAGAUUCUGGCCACCUUUUCGAUGUGCGACGAGAAGCUGCGGACCAUGUUUGGCAUCUCGUACACCAUCGCCAACAUCAAGAUGAAGCGCAUCUCGAUUCUGGCCUGCAUCGUUACCCUAACCUGUGGUGGUGCUCUGAGUGGUCUCAACUAUAUGAUUGGCGUUAAUUUGGCCCGGAUUUGGACGCUGUUCUACUGGAUAUCGUUCUGCAUGCCAAAGUUUGGGCUGUUGCUGUUCAACUUCCAGUUCGCCGGCUGCAUUAUGUUCCUGUCCGAUCGAUCGGCCCUGCUGCUCAAAGGGAUGAACAACUUCCCCAACGGCUUCGAGCAGCUCCAGUUCAAGGCGAUGAACCUGUCGAACGUGCCCCAGCUGCCCCACCACCACCAACCCCACCAUGCCCACGACAAGAAGCUGAACCGCAUCACCACCCUCGGCACGAUCAAGAUCCGACCGAUCAGCGCGGCCGACGCAAUCCAGAACAUCCGCGAGGUGGUCGAACAUCUGCAGGAUCUGUCCAUCAAGAUCAACGACUGUUACGGCAAGCAGGCCAUCUUCUCCCUUCUGUCGGCGUUCAUCUGCGUCACCGUACAGCUGUACUACAUGCUGAACCACAUCAAGUCCGGCUUCAGCCAGUCCCGGUCGGAGAUCUACGCGUUGGCCGCCUGCAGCAUGCUGUUCCUGCACGGAGUCGAGUUCUGGUCACUGUUCACGAGCGGAGAAAACGUGCGCGGUGAGUGGAAGAAGGUCAUCAACUAUCUGUACUUUAUGAAGUCCAAGUCCAACGAGGAGGAGUUCCGGUCCAAGGCGGACGAUCUGAUCUCCUUUAUGACCGCCAACCCGCUGGAGUUCAACGCGUACGGCCUGUUCCCAAUCGAUUUGUCCGUCAUCUCAGGGAUUGCCUCCUCGAUCACCACCUACCUAAUCGUGCUGAUUCAGUUCAAGAUCUCCGAGGACCAGGCCAACGGCGACGACAGUGACAUCAACGAUCCAAUCAACAGCAACAAGAUGCAGUUUUCGGCCUCUUAGGAGUUUGACUCACGUUAAACCAAAAAAAAAAUGAAUGUAUUCAAUGGAGUUGCACUUUGAAAUAAACGUCGGUUUGAAACUUUCAAUUUGCGUGAGAACCACAUCCUGCAAGCUCUCGUGCUAUUUACAUCAUCGUCGGAUCCAGGCCAGGCUAAUUGAGGAGUCAAAUACCAUCGCUGAUAAGCCGCAGACUGGGUAGCGAAAUUCAAUCAGCGAGAUUAAAUAAUCCCUGG